AUGGCGGCUUGGCUCAUCCUGGGCUUAGUUUUGCCCGCAGCGGCGCAGGUGAACCGCUCAACCCAAUUCCUGGGAAAGCAGACGGUGAGCGUGGGCUCACAAGGCGUGCGCUGCGGCGGGUUGGAUUUGCCGGAGAAUGCAGGCUGCAAGCAGGUGGUAGAGUGGGCGGCUGGCGGCGGCAAGUGGGACACAUCGGCCGCAGGCUGGUAUCGUAAUAUGCCGGCAAUCGCGGGCGUGGACCACGAGCAGGGAAACGCUCAGGACUUCCAGCGGCUCUACUUCUGCUCGCCGCCUGGUGACUCCUUCUGCGGCCUCCCACCCUGCACCGGGUGCAGCAAACCUCCCUGCAACGAUUGUUUCGCCGGCAACCAGCUCUAUGCUAGCCGCCGCCCUGGCUGCGAUGGUAACAACGAAGGCGUGGGCUGCGUCCCGCCGAAGUCAGCCAUGGGUUACAAGGGUCAACACUGGCCGACCACAGUUAUCUACGGCACGCAGGAGAUGCACAUCUUUGCUAUUGGCGACUGGGGUGGCAUGGACGGCUCGCUGGAUCCGCCGGAGGGCCGUAAAACCAUCGUAGCCUACAACUGGGGUCGUCGACCGGGGCCCAGCGUGUUUCCCAGGAGCCGGUGGAAUAAGAAGCACACUGUGCAGUUCUGUGACCACAAGCAGCUGGUGGAGUGCUUCAACACGCGAGGACAGCCCCCUUGCACGGCAGAGUGCGGGUAUGUCGCAGGAGUGGAUGACCAGCCACAACUGCUGGUGGCCAACGCCUUCAAGGCUCGUGCUGCACUCAAGGACCCGCAGUAUAUUUUGAAUGUCGGGGAUAAUUUCUACUGGGGGGGCAUCGAGAAGACAUGCGGAAGCCCCAUGGACCAGAUCUCCUACCCGACGAAGCACCAGUUCGACCAGAUCUUUGAGGGCGUCUACCAGGGAGCUGGCCUCAGCAACAAGCCCUGGUUCAGCGUGCUGGGAAACCAUGACUGGGGAGGCUUCAAGUUCGACAACGGCUGGGAUCAGCAGAUUUCUUACACCUGGGCCAGCAAUCGCUGGGUCAUGCCGGCACCGUACUACAAGACUUCUGUUGUUUAUGCAGACCUCGGCUUCGAUGUGGACUACUUCUUCCUGGACUCCAACUUUAUCGACGCCAUGCCGCCUGAGGAGGACCCCAACCACAACAUGUGCAGCCGCAAGAACAACAAGCCCUCCGCUAGCUGUGCCGCGGCAGAUGGGCCGGAGUCCGUGGACAGCUGCCCUGGGUGGUUCGCAUCGCUGUGGGCUGAGCAGCAGCCGUGGGUCACACGGCUCAUGGGCGAGAGCAAGGCCGACUGGCAGAUCGUGGUCACCCACUUCCCUUGUGGACAUGAACAGGACUUCUAUGCAUCUUUGCGCAAUCUGGGGAUGGACUUGCUGGUGACAGGACACCGCCAUGACCAGGAGCUCUGGCUUCCAGACGACCACGCUAAGAACCACAUGGGCGUCACUUGCAUUGUCACCGGUGGUGGUGGCGGCAUCACAUCCGAGGCCACGCCUAACCCAGAGGAGACGGAGGAUUGGUAUGGUGAGGCACAGUAUGGCUUCUACGACCUCACCAUCAGCAAGACCGAGAUUUUCAUCGAGUCCAUCAACUACGAUGGCGAGGUGCUCUUGGAGCACACCGUCCACCCAUCGCGGUAA